UACCACUGCGUCCCCAACCCCAACCUCAAGCCACCCCCCUCUCCCACAAAAAUCAAUACUCUCUCUCUCUCCAACCGCCACAACCCCUCUCUCUCCCUCUCUCUACGAUUCCACAGACUCCGUCUCCUUCUUUGUUUCUUUGAUUCAAUAAUUAAACAGUCUACGAUUCUUCCGAUGCCCUAGCAUCUCCAGGGCCGGUGCCACUCACCUCCGGCGGCACCUCGGGUUGGGACGACUAUAGGUCUUCUGGUUAAGGAUUUCUCUAGAUUUUCUUCGUGGGGUAAAUCUCACAAAUUCGAUUCGAUCGUGAGGGGGCACACUCUUAAAUUUAGGGUUUUUGCGGCUCCGGCGAGCGCCAUGGCUCCGGCGCGUAGACGCGGAGCGAACAACAAAGGCAAGGACAAGAGCCAGUUGAGUCUGGGUGAUCUUGUCCUCGCAAAGGUCAAGGGCUUCCCUGCUUGGCCCGCCAAGAUUAGCAGACCUGAAGACUGGAAGCUGUCACCUGACCCCAAGAAAUACUUUGUCGAAUUCUUUGGAACACGAGAAAUAGGUUUUGUUGCCCCUCUGGAUAUUCAGACCUUCACUAAUGAGGUUAAGAGUAAAUUAUUAGCCCGGUGCCAGGGUAAAACAGUUAAGUGCUUUGCUCAAGCUGUGAAGGAAAUCUGUGUGGCAUUUGAUGAGUUGCAAAAAAAGAAAUCAAGUGGUUUGGGAGAUCAUACUGAUGGAUCAGAUGUUGGGCCUGAGGCUCCUUCUGCUAAUGGGGUAGAGGAUGAUGGGGGUGAGGUCGACUUAAAGGUUGAGACUGGUAAGAUGACAUACAAAGGAGAAACACUGAAUGAGGCUGUAAGUGAUUCUGGCUUGAAGUUGGACCACUGCUCACAGAGACAAGGUGGAGCUGAAAGUCAAGAAGUAACGCCAUCUGUCUCCUGUCGAGCAAAUGAUCAUUUGUCUCUGAUUAUGUCUCCUCAGAAAAAUAAUAGAAUAUCUGAUGGUGCAAAACCAAAGGAAGUGGUAUCACCGACGGCCAGUCCAGAUAAUUCUUUAUUUCUAAAGAAAGAAGUGACUUUUGGUAAAAAUGUUGAAGAUGAUACCUUUUGCACCAAGCAACGUGGUGAGGCACAGAAGGUAUUAACAAAUGGUCACAAGUCGAAGAAGAUUGGUGCUUCAAAGAAGAGAUGUGGGAGUGCAGUUGGACUAAACAAAACUAGCACGUCUGCUUUAACAUCAUUAAAGGCUGACAGUGAUGGUCAUUCUGUUGAUUCCUCUGAAUCACUUGAGCGAUCAAAAGAUGAAGUUAAGGUAAAAAAUGACUCUGGUAGAAGCAUGCGGGAGUUUUCUUCAAGCCCUCUCAAAGCAGAUUCUGGUAUCAAUGCAGGAAAAAAUUCGAAAGAUCUGCUAAAAGCAAAAAAGCAUUUCAAGGUUGCUGAUAAAAUGCCGGACUCUGGUGUUGAUCCAGAUGAGCAGGCCAAGGAAAAACCUUCUGGCAAGGAAAAGAGGGCCCAGCAUGGACUUGGAAAGCCUAACCGUGGAGCAAAUGAUGUUUUACAUCCUGCCAAAAAGUCUAAGUGCGAAGAUAUGGGUGAUGUUGCCACCCAUGGAGCACAUGCUAGAAGAAUUAAGAGUGACUCUCCUAGGCCAAAUGCUAUUGACAAGAAGGCAUUGAAGACGCCAGAAUUCAAAGGCUCAAUAUCAUGUGUCAAACCAGAAACUAAUCUGGCUUCCAGAGGCCAAAGUUGUAAUUUUGGAUCCAAUGCUUCUGGUGAUGAGGCUGCACUACCUGUAACAAAGCGUCGACGCCGAGCAAUGGAGGCUAUGUCCGACUCUGAGACUCUUCCUGCUGAUGAUAAAACAGAGAGAAAAUCUGUGUCAGUAAAGAAUGAUGUAUCAUGUUCUAGUAGCAUUAAGGUUACAGGAAUUCAACAGCACAAAAAACGGAGAGCUGUUUGCCUUUUUGAUGACGAUGACGAUAAUGAGCGCAAAACUCCAGUUCAUGGUGGAUCUGCUAGAAACAUUAGAGCAUCUUUGUAUGUUUCAGAUGCUACCAGGAGCAGUGAAGCACAGAAUGAUUGUUCUAAAGAUGCUCUGCAUGUCGGAGUUUCUACUGGACUUGAGGAUGGCCAUUCAAAAGAGUUUUCCUCUGAAGUGCAAAAUGAGUCUCUGUCACCAGGUGAACGUCAAACUGAUGAGAAGAUGCCUGAAAAGGAAAUUGCUACCCAUAUUUCGUGUAGUCCGAGGAAAUUAUACUCUGAGCAGUUGUCAUCCAAGGAAUCGAAGGAACAAUCGUCAUUGAAGGAGGCAAAAUCAAUGUUGAUUUCCCCUAGAAAGUCUCCCCAUUUAGGUCCUGUGACCAGACCAGUGGCUGAACAGCAUAAAGUGGCUGAACAGCAUAAAGUGGCCAAGGCUUUGAUUAAAGUUUCUGCUACUGUUACUCAGAAGAAGGUUCAUGCUGGGUCUGCUAAGGGUUUGGGUGUUGUUUCUAAUGGCAUGAAUUCUUCUCAGAAUCAAGAAACAACUCAAAGAAACAGACCUUCUUCAGGAGAAAGAUCUAAAGCCCCUCCUAAAUCAAUCUCAAGGAUCGGUGAAUCUACUGUUUUGAUUGAUAAUUCAGUAGAGUAUAAUUCUUUGCCCAGUGAAAGAAUGGAAGCUGGUAGGGAAGAUAAAAGUAGUUCUUUGGCUGAUUCUAAGACUCCAGAAUCUGUUAUGUCCAUGAAGCAUCUUAUUGCUGCAGCACAGGCAAAAAGGAGACAAGCUCACUCUCAGAACUUCUCUCUUGGAAUUUUCAGUUCUUUUGUAUCUGCACCUGAUGUCCCGGGAAGGAGCCCCAGUCCACCCACAGUGCAGUAUCUUUUGACUGGUACUAGCAAUGUGCUGCAGGCAGAUUUGCAAGGAUUACAUUAUCCCACAAAUUUGGCUUCUCCAUUAAAUCAUGGUCACCAAUCUCCAUCGCAAAAUCAACUUGACGUUGAAGAAAUUGAGGAAAGAAGAGUUAGUUCAGGGCACAGGACUGACGGAGGCUCUCUGAGUGGUGGUACUGAAGCAGCUGUGGCUCGUGAUGCCUUUGAAGGGAUGAUAGAGACUUUGUCCAGGACUAAGGAAAGUAUUGGACGUGCUACUCGUCUUGCUAUUGACUGUGCAAAGUAUGGAAUUGCUAACGAGGUAGUGGAACUUCUCAUACGGAAGCUGGAAACUGAGGCCAGUUUUCAUCGUAAAGUCGACUUGUUCUUUCUUGUAGAUUCCAUUACGCAAUGUUCGCAUAGUCAGAAAGGCAUUGCUGGUGCUUCAUACAUUCCUGCAGUUCAAGCAGCAUUGCCACGUCUUCUUGGUUCUGCUGCUCCACCUGGAGUUGUUGCCCGUGAAAAUCGUCGUCAGUGUCUCAAGGUUUUGCGGUUGUGGCUCGAGAGGAAGAUCUUACCUGAAUCUAUUCUUCGGCCUUACAUGGAUGACAUUGGGGUUUCAAACGAUGAUACGUCCGCCGGUCUUUCGCUGAGACGUCCAUCACGAGCAGAGCGAGCUGUAGAUGAUCCAUUAAGAGAAAUGGAAGGCAUGCUGGUUGAUGAAUAUGGCAGUAAUGCUACAUUUCAGCUGCCUGGUCUAUUAUCUUCCCAUGUAUUUGAAGAUGAGGAAGACGAUUUUCCAAGCACUUCAGUCAAGGAAGCUGGUGAUGCACUAGUAGUGGAUGCCGAUGCCGCAAAUGCAUUGGAAGAUUCAGAAACACAUACAAUUCCUCCAAAUGACAGGCGCCAUUGCAUCUUGGAGGACGUGGAUGGUGAGCUCGAAAUGGAAGAUGUUUCAGGACACCUGAAGGACGAAAGGCCCUCAUUCAUAAAUGGUUCUCUUAAAAUGGAUUCACAACUACAGAGCUCGAAUGGGACUUUGGAAUUUGCUUGUAGUAAUUCCACCGAGUUGCCCCCACUACCGGAGGGCUCUCCACCAUUGCCUCUUGAUUCUCCUCCUCCACCACCACCUUUGCCUCCUUCACCACCACCACCACCCCCCCCAUUGUCUCCAUCACCCCCACCUCCACCGCCUCCCCCAUCACAGCCAGCACCUCUUCAGUCACAGUUACCUCCUCCUCCCCCUCCUCCUCCACUAUCACACUCUGGUGCUCCACCAUUGUUGGUUGCUCAAUCUCCUUUACCAGCCCAGUCUUCAUUACUCUCCCAACCCUUUUUACCACCCCAAUCAUCAAUACAGUCUUCCCCACAGUUGGCAUAUCAACCACCUGUACCUCACGAAUACUGCAGCACAUCUAGUGGCAGCCAACUUGUUCAAAUGGCUGGUCAUGGGGGUCAUAUUGAUAAUACACAGAGAAGUGAAAUGUUUCCACAGCAGUCAUCGUGUUUUUCUUCAACAGGAGUCUCCAAUUCUCGCGAACCAUCUGGAUUUAAUUCUUCAAGGCAAUUAGAAUAUGGACACAAUGAUAUGUAUUUAAAUCCACAAAUUUCUCAAACCAACCAACAAUUUCAACAAGGUGAUACCUCUUUUACACAAAGACCCAUACACCCUGCCCCGCCUCACAACCAGCCCAGUCAUUUUUCUUAUACAAAACCGACGAUUCAGCAACAUGCUCAGCAUUCAUAUCACCAUCCGUAUUCCUUGCCCUCCCUUCCGGAUGGCCAGAGGCGAUUUGUUGCUGAUGAACAAUGGAGGAUGCCCUCAGGGGAUUUCAAAACUGAACAUCAGCAUGGUGGGUGGAUGAAUGGAGAGAGAGCUCAUUUGGGACCUACCUUUGGCCAGGAAGGUUAUUUUCGGCCACAGGCAAAUAAUAUUGGUUUUCAGCGUUCAGCCCCUAAUAAUCUACCAGCUGGGGCUCCAAUAUCAGGUCCUGGCGUUUCCCAGAUGUUUCCAUGUAGACCAGACAUUUCUGCUAUUAAUUGCUGGAGGCCAGCUUGAUAGCCUCAAGUGAGAACAGCAGUGAUCAAUAUGUCUUCUCUUCUUUGGGUGGCACACAAGUUCCAAUGGUCAAUUACAUAGUUCCUCAGAGUAAGAUUCAGUCUCAGGA